AUGUUGCAUCAUGCCUUGUUAGAAGGGGCAGAGGCUGGUGAAGCCAAUGGGCAUGAGGAGUUGGCUCCGGGCUUCCAGCGGAAGGUGCGCCGCCUGUCGCACACAUUCCGCACCCGGUCAGUGGAUCAUUCUGCGCCGGCAGCAACUGUGGAAAGCACCAGUAUUUUGCGGGAGAUUCCUGCUUUGAGCGUGGCAAUGUUGAUGAGUGCCAUCAACGCGGUCAGCUAUGGUACCUUGCUCUUUGCCAGCCCUGCGACCUCCCAUGCGCCAAAUGGCACCGUGAUCUGGUUGAUGAGCACGAUUGGCACCCAGAUUGGUACCCUGCUGGUGUCGAACAUUCAAAAUGGCAUCUCUUGCCCCAUGCUGGAAAUGAUUCCCAUCAUGCACGCCCUGUUUCUCAACAUCGCCAGCAAGAUGCAUGACAGAUCACCGGAGGAACUGCAGGCCACAUGCUUGGCCAGUUGCUUCGUUUGUACGUUCGGUCUCGGUGUGGGGCUGCUGAUCGGCACGCGCCUGGGCCUGGCCAGCUAUCUUCGCGCCGUGCCCUUGAUCGUGCUGAAAGGUGCAUUGUUCGGGGUGGCGCUCUUUUUGAUGUCCAGUUGCUUGAAGGUCUCGUCCGGAGACAUGGAUGUCGAACAGACCCACUUGUGGGCGCCGGCUGUGCUUCUGGGGCUGGCUCUCUUUGCAGUGGAUGAGGCCAUUCAUUCGCCCGUGGCCAUCGCCCUCAGUUUGCUGGCAGUGGGUUUGAUUCCAAGCUGCUUGGAUCUCUUGAACAUCAUCUCAUUGAAUGAGCUCCAAGAGAAAGGCUGGUGCUUUCAGCCUGGGAGCAUUGCUACAGAAGCAUGGUACAUGGAGGUGGCAAAAGCCUACAAAUCAGCGUUUCUCCACAUUGAUUGGAUGGUCAUCAUUGAGAUCAUGCCUGCCAUGGUGGGUAUCGCUGCUUCUGCCUCGUUGUUGAUGUUGAUGGAUUUGAAGGCGGUGGAACUGUUGACUGAACGAGAGUUCAGCUUAGACAAAGAGCUUCGUAGUAUUGGUGUGAGCAACCUUCUCAGUGCGCUCUGUGGAGGAGGGUUUCCUUGCUACAUCCUUUGCUCUUUGAACGUCACCUGCCAUCGCUUGGGGGGUCGCAGUGCCUUGAUUGGAGUGGGCUUGACUCUCAGUUCGACCUGUUGCCUUUUCGUGGUGUCCAAUGUGGUUCCUCAUCUUCCAAGAGCAUUGCCGGGCGGUCUUUUCAUGUGGCUGAGCCUGGUUUUCGCCAAAGAGACCAUUGUGGAUAUUUGCUCCAAGUACACUCACAUCUCUGAUGUCUUCAUUGUGGCCAUUAUGGCCUUGGUGGUGAAGUUCUAUAGCUUCAACGAUGGGCUUUUCGUGGGAACUCUGCUGGCCAUGAGCGUCUUCACGGUGCGCUACUCCGGGUCCCAAGCGGGCGUGCGCACCUCCGGGGAUGCCCGCUUCUAUCGAUCCAUUUGUACCCGUGAUGGCUUCGAGCAUGAAGCACUGGAACAAUUGGGACACCUCAUUGCAGUGGUCCAUGUGGAAGGCUUCCUCAUGUUUGGCUCCACGCCUGCCUUCACAGAUGCUGUUGCUCGUCGGGUGGGCCCGAGUGGAUUUUGCUGA